CGUGUCCUCUUUCUCUCUGAAAUUAUGAGCUCUUAGAAAUUGCAAAUGUUGGUUCCUCUAGGCCUGAUGUUUCUGCUUUGUUUUCACCUAACUUAUAAACCUCUUCAAAAAUCAUACUCAAGUUUAGGUCUUUCAAGCACUGUUCUUUAUAUCCCUUUUCGACCUGGCUUCCAGGAGGGCCUCAACAAUGGUCACUGUCACUUGGAGUUCAAGUCCUGCAAGAAUUGAAAAUACUCCCCUUGUGACAGAUCCCCAGGCGAAGUUGAGGAGUCCAAAAUUCCUUUGCCGAUGGGAUCUGGUCCCGGGAUUUAAGUCAAGGAAAACACUUCCCAUGUAGGUCUGAUCUGGAUGCUUUAUCAGCUCCCUGAAGACCCGGGUUAAGAAAAUGGACAAAUACUCAAGAUGGAUAUGAGGCCCAGAAUAACUCCGAGAGUUGUGCAAAUAAAAAAGGGCAGGCUGGGUCUUUAGAAUGUGAAAAAGCUACUCUAUUUAAAAUAUACCAGCUCUUCUAGGACAUGGAAACGAUAUGUGACUGGAAUUUGGAUAGAUCUACUGGUUUUCAUAGUUAGAUUUAUAUUCCGAAUUACGGUUUGGGGGCCUCGCGAACCACCAGCGAUCAGGUUCAGAGACAUCACAUUGCUUCCUUACAGCUGGUGUUCUCGUUUUUGGCUUGGCUUGGUGCUGGCCGCCAGAUUUCUCUCCAGAUUUCAUUAUAUAUUUCCCCGUACCAUUCCUCGGGACCUUAGACGGAUUUUACUGAAACCACAUUUCAGCUGGAAACUUGUUUCUCCUGAGUUUCUCUUUGCGUGUAGAUUCUGUUAAGGAGAACAAAGGCGAAAGAAACGUAGGUAAAAUAAAACUUCCUGACAGCUUGUAGGUAGAGGCAAAAACCCCCCCACAAAAGCAAACAACCUCAGUUUGACAGAAGCGAGACCUUCAGGAUCCCCUGCGUCCUCUUUAACGUGUGGAAAUUCCCUUAGAAGCUUCCCUCACCCCAGAACUUAAAAGUAGAUGAUUAUUGGCUCUUCACUGUCUCAGUGGGGAUCCUGUCCCCACACUUCAAUGGAAACAGCUUUUUGAACUGGAUAUGUCUCAAGAAUUCUGUCUUGACUCUCGGUUCCCGGGCCCACAUGGCCUCGGUUUCCACUGGACAACGUUUGUGUAGCAGAGACCCUGACUUCUGAGGCUGGAGGUUCUAAUUCAGUCAGCCCCCCAUUCUGUAGGCUUUUAUUUCGCUCCACACUCUGGUCACAGACCUCCUCUUCUAUUUACCUGUCAUUGCAACCGAAAAAAGGAAGAAUCCUGUAUUUCACAUGGUUAAAAUCACGAAAUAUCAUAGAGCAAAAAUGAGAAUUGAAGCAAAAGCCUUCAGUGAAAUGCUAUAUUGUGGGAUCUCUGAGCACAACUGUCAAGGAACAAUUCUUGAGGCGUUUUGUGGUGCCUGUUCCUAAUUUUAUUUCAGUAGUUGGGGAAGAGGGGCCUUGGGCAGAAAGGACUGCACAUUGGCUGUAUCCAGGUGGGGUUAUAUGCUCAGUGCUCAGGGGCGAGGGGACGUGAAGGGAGUAUUAGAUUAUCAGUGUUUCUUGGAAUUUCUGCUUGGAAAGCUACUUUUGCAAGACGCUUCUGGUACUUAAUCCUUGAUCUCCAUAUUGGCCAUCGAGGAGCUGUAUGAGCAGCCACAGACCCUGUAAGAAGGCAGCAGCCAGCACGCAUUUGAUUCUUCCGGAAUCUGCAGGCCGGAGCUCAGCUUUCUGGGCCAAGGAACUGCUGACGUUCAGGGACGUGGCCAUCGAGUUCUCUCAGGAGGAGUGGGGCUGCCUGAACGUCGUCCAGUGGGAACUGUACCGGGACGUGAUGUUAGAGAACUACGGACACCUGCUCUUCCUGGGUCUUGCUGUGUCAAAGCCAGACCUGGUCAUCUUCCUGGAGGAAAAGAGGGAGCUGUGUGACGUGAACGAAAAGGAAACCACCGCCACACCCCUAGCCAUAUCUUCAGAUGACACGCAGAGUGUGCUGCCAGUGCCCUGUGUAGAAUCUUGUUUCCCGAAUGUGUCAUUGGGCAGCUAUAAACAGAGUGCCCUUGAGAAUUUACACUUAAUGAUAGACUGGGACAAUGCUGGAGAGAGUGCAGAUCCACGAUACGGAGGGCAUAUCCAAACAGAGAUCACUGCCCACUACGAGAAUCUCACUGCCCCCAAUGGUGAAGAGUACAAAACAUUUUGGACUACAUCCCUUUUUAAGUCCAGUACGUCUGCAAAGCCUUGUGUUCCUGUCAGCACCGGUUCAACUCCCAUGAUCAAAGAUAUGUAUAUGGAGAAUCCAAAUUUGGAAAAUCUCGAAAGUUACCUAGUCCAGGCUGAAAAUAAUUAUUUGAACCAUUUUGAGAAUAGGUUUGCAUUGACCUUUCAGUCCAAUAUUUCUGAAAAUCAGACAUUUAAAAAUGAAGAAAAAAGUGGUAUGUGGUAUCAAUUUGAGAGUUCCUUCACUGAGGAGUCAACCCUUCAAAAUUACCAGAACAUUUUCAAUGAAAACAUCAUUGCUCAAUACAGUGAAUCUGAGAAGAUAUUUAUCCAGGGAGCAAAUGUUAAUAAACAUCUGAUUACUCAUUUUCCAGAGAACCAUUUUGAAUGUAAUAAAUGGGAAGUCUUUUAUCAAGGCUCCAACCUUAUUAUACAUAAGAGUAUGCAUAUGGGAGAGAAUCCUUACAAAUAUAAUGAAUGUGAGAAAGCUCUUAAUCAGACCUCCAAUGUUAAUGAUCAUCCGAGAAUUCAUGUGGGGAAAAUCCCGUACAGACAUAAUAAAUCUGGGAAGAUGUUUAGUCGAACGUCAAGACUAUACAUACAUAAGGCAAUCAGCGCUGGGGAGAAAACUUACAUUUGUAACGAAUGCGGCAAGGUCUUUAUCCACCACUCAAGCCUUACUCAGCACCACAGAAUCCAUACUGGAGAGAAUCUGUACAAAUGUAAUGAAUGUGGAAAACUCUUUACCAGGCACUCACAUCUUACUGAACAUCACAGAAUCCAUACUGGAGAAAAACCGUACAAAUGUGAAGAAUGUGGGAUGGCCUUUACCCAGCACGCAACCCUUGUUGGGCAUUAUAGAGUUCAUACAGGUGAGAAGCCUUACCAGUGUAAAGAAUGUGGCAAGACCUUUAAAUGGCACUCGAUCCUCAGUAAACAUUAUAGAACUCACACUGGAGAGAAACCUUACAUCUGUAAGGAGUGUGGCAAGGCCUUCAGGCAGCACACAACCCUUACUCACCAUUACAGAACUCACACUGGAGAGAAGCCGUACCAGUGUAAAGAAUGCGGCCAGGCCUUCAUCCAGCACUCCAACCUGACCCAGCACCACCGAAUCCACACGGGGGAGAAGCCGUACCAGUGUAAUGAGUGCGGCCAGGCCUUCAACCAUCAUUCCUACCUGACCCAGCACCACCGAAUCCACACGGGGGAGAAGCCGUACCAGUGUAAGGAGUGCGGCCAGGCCUUCAACCAGCACUCCAACCUGACUCGGCACCACCGGAUCCACACGGGGGAGAAGCCUUUCAAAUGUAAAGAAUGCGGCCAGGCCUUUAAUCAGCACUCCCACCUUAAUCAACAUCACAGAAUCCAUACUAGAGAGAAACCCUUCCAGUGUAAGGAAUGUGGCCAGGCCUUCAACAGACACUCAAACCUUACUCAACAUCACCGAAUCCAUACAGGAGAGAAACCUUUCCAGUGUAAGGAAUGCGGCCAAGCCUUCAACAGGCACUCCUACCUUACUCGGCAUCACAGAGUCCAUACCGGAGAGAAACCUUACAAAUGUAAAGUCUGUGGCCAGGCCUUCAACAGGCACUCAAACCUUACUCGGCAUCACAGAAUUCAUACUGGAGAGAAACCGUACAAAUGUGAAGAGUGUGGCCACACCUUUAUCCAAUAUUCCCACCUUAUUCAACAUCAUAGAAUACACACCUAAGAGAAACCUUACCAGUGUAAAGAAUGUGGCAAGAUACUUAAUCUCUGGUUAACCAUUUACUCAUUAGCACAGAAUUCACACUAGAGCAAACCUUACAAAUCUAAAGAAUGUGGGGAAACCACUGAGGACUUCUCAGCCCUUAACUCCACGUCAAGAGAAUUCCUAUUGGAGAGUAACCGUACAAACAAAUGUAAAGGAUAUGGCCUGACCUUUAAGCAGUGCCAAACCCUGACUCCUGAACAGGGAAGUUACACCCGAGAGGAUUUCGCAAAUAUAAAGAACUUGGCAAGCCCUUUAACCAGAGGUCGAGCCUCAUUCAACAUCACAGAAUUCCUGCUGGAAACAUUUACAAAUGUAAGGAACCUGGUAAAACUUUUAGGACUCUUCAGCCCUACUCAGGGUUUACACUGAGCAUCACUGAGUUUAUACUGAGAAGAAACAUUACAAAGGUGGAGAAUGUGGCCAGCCUGCCGCCCACAGUCCCAGCCUGCUCAGCGUCUCGGCUGUCUUACAGUUCAGAAACCCUGACAUGUAGAGAAAGUUGCAGUGCCUUUAACCGGAAUCCAGUCUGUACUGAGUACUCAAAAUGCACACUCGUUUCAAACCCUUAAAAUGUAAUGAAUGAGCAAAGACCUUCAUUUUAAAUGUACAAUUUAGGAAACACCAGAGAGCAUUGAAGAAAGUAACUUGAAACAUACAAAUAUUUAGGAAGAUAUUUAAUUGAGUAUCAAAUGUCAGUAAAUGUCACAGAAGUUCAGUGAAAAGCAUUGUCAACUUAUUUAGACAUUACAUCAAAAUACUCCUUAUAAGUAAUAAUACAAUGUUAAACACUUAGGUAAUAUAUAUAUGCUAAUAUGCUUCAAAAGCUUAAGUGGAUGGAUUUUUGCAAAGGUAUAGUUAAUUUCAAUAUGGUUUUUUUUUUCCUACAUUGACCUUAUCUGAUAUUUGACUAGCAGAUAUUAACGUAUUUCUAUUCUCACAUCACAGAAUUCAUUCAUUCCUAGUGGAUGUGUGAACGUGUGUGGCGGAUUGUUGAUGUGUCAGAGAUGAGGUGUCCUCCGUUAGGCGGGACUCCUGCACACCUCGUCUUUCAUGGAGAUGGACAGUAUGCUGUACAAUCUAUGAAGAAAAUCUAAGUGGAGAUAGUGAUUAUGUUUAUCCUGAGAUAGGUGUUCAGAACACCAGUCUUCCCCCAUUUAUUCAAAGUAAAGAAUUUCCCAAAUAUUAUAUAUAUUUUUUAACCAACUGGUCUUUAAGGAAUAAGACGUGGCAGUCUAGCAAAAUACUGGUGUAUUUUCAUCACAGUUCUAAUUCGAAGUAGAGAAUGUCAGUUGAUGUGGUUGAAAUGAAGAAAUCCUCACUGAUGUCAGGAUUGCUAACGCUUCCUCCAAAUGGCAUGUGAUUAUACGUACACAUGUUUUACGAAUGACCUCAGGCCUGAAAGUUAGGGAAAGCACUAUUUCCACAUCAUUAUGUCAGGAGACAAAUGGCUUUUUGAAUGCCUGUAUUCUGUAUUUUGAAGAGGAUUUAUAGAGUGUAUUUGGAAUGCAUUAUUUAGUCUGUGUAUGAACUUAAUAUAUUUUAGUUACUAAAACAUAAUGGUUUUUAACGUGUUCGCAUGGAUGUGAAAUGAAUGAAGUGUUAACCCAACACCAA